AGCCAAUAGUCUUUCUUUGUCGCUCGAUAUCAUAUAUAAUAUUGGCUUGGGACUGGUUCUGGCGCUUUCCAAUAUCGCACGAUUGUCUGUCCCCGAGUCCCUGAUGAGGGUCUCUAAGAUGACCUUAGCUCCGACGAUAUCUCCGAGCCCUUCCCUCGAGAGUAAUAAUGAAAUCUUGCAGCGGUGGUAUUUUAUCGCGCCAUCGCAGGCGAAGGGCAUGUCGCGCAUGGCCGGGGUCCCCUCCGCUCUUAUAUGCGGGGCCCCUCCUGCCACAUGGUAGCAGGCUAUCGAUGCCUAUUCGCGUGCCUCCCCGUUGCUAGGUUAUAGGGGCUAGUGUUGUGAAUAUUUUAACCGGGUUUCGUGCGGUGCGGUGCUAUGUCCUCCCCGUUCCGCCCCGGAAUCAGUCGCAAGAAGACUGAGACCGAGACGAUUACCGAACUGUGCGUACCCUGCGAGAGACUGACGUCCCCGUGCCGACCCGUGUGAGACUGACGUCCUCAUGCCGACCCGUGCCAGACCGACGUCCUCAUGCUGACCUGUGUCUACGCCGCUAAGGUCCCCGGACGGGCCGUCCGGAUCGAACUGGUCCCUAGGCCCAAAAAGGAAUCCGAUGGACCGAACCUCUUGGAAUUCUUUGCCAAUAGUCGGAAGAUCAUCCCGACCUCGUCCGACGAAGAAGACGAAAACGAGGAAGACGAGCUACUCAGCACGACGGCGUCCCAGAGCACUUGCAAUAGCCGAAGUGCGGGGAGCAGCCCCAGUGCCCAGAGCAGCAAAACGACCAGCCUCAGCGCCAGCGAAGUGGAAGACGAGCACGUUUUCCAGCCUAUCUGGAAUGGGAAUCAGGAGGUCCCCUUGGGCUGGAAUCGAUUACUCCAGAGCCUCCUCUUCCUCCUCAUCCUUUCGGUGAAAGGAUGCAUGAGAGAGCGGAACCUGCCUCCAUGCCACCGUGCCUCCUCCGUGCGGUUACCCCCUGGAGUGGAAUUGACCGGUUGGGAGCUGGAGGCGAUGGCAGCCCGGCAGCAGCAGCAGAUAGCAGCGCAGGCGCAGCUCCUCGUCGCCAAGGAGACGCGUCUCAAGUACCUGCGGGCGCAGGAGGCCCGCGCGACGAAGAUGGCAGCGGACGCCGAGCGCCUGCGGAUGCUCCGCCAGCGGGUGGACGCGCAGGAGGCGAAGCUGAGGAAGCUGAGGGCCCUGCGCGGCCAGGCGGACCAGCAGAAGAUCACCAACAAUGCCCUCACGUCGGAUUUGGAGAGCAUCCGAGCCCUCUUCAACGAGAAGGAGAAGGAACUGAGCGUCGCCGUGGCCCGAGUGGAGGAACUGACCUCUCAGCUGGAGGAACUUCGACUUAGACGACAUGCUCAGAAUCAAAACCAGAAUAAGAACUCCGCCUCCAGGCACCUGGACGCCCUCCGAAGAGAAUUGUUGGUGCCGAUGCGGGGGAGGCCGCUGAACGUGGCCGCGGUGGAGCCGUUCAAGGUGAACGCGGAGAAGGAGAUCGCGGAGGAGGGGGAGUUCGGCCAGUCGCCCAGCAAGCAGGAUCCCAAGUAUCAGACGCUGCCGCAUAACACGAAGUUCCCGCAGGGGCUGCAGAAGGGAGAGGAGGAUGGAGGGAGGAGGGUGACGCCGUUGCCGCCGCCGAAGCCGGGACUUGCUGCCCCGAGGUUGGAGGGUAGUGCAGGGUCAAUGGGGACAUGGAAAGGGGGUGGAGGGAAGUGGGAGGGGGGGCAGGGGGACAUGGAGAAGGGGUCAUACACGGCAGUCUAUCCGAGUGGAGUGAGUCCGGGUCCCGGCCCAGGUCCAGGUCCAGGUCCAGGUCCAGGCCCGGGUCCGGGUCCGGGUCAUCCGCAGUUAUCCCGGGUUCCACCCACCGGAGGGAGUACCUCUUCUCUUCCCCCUACCUCCUCCUCCUCUUCCUCUUUACCUCUGCCGCCUCAGCUGUCUGACCCUGAAAAAGGGCAUGAAUCUCCUCGUACUGUCGACUCAGAGCUUGCGACCAGAACGGAGAACACGCGUUCUUCUUCUUCCGAUUCUGUCCCUCCUGCUCCCCCUCCUCCUCCUAGGGGGAAUCUUCUGCCUCCCACUCUUCUCACUGCACCCCAGGAGAUAUUAAGUGUGGGCUCAUCUGAAGACAUGUCCAUGACUCUGAAGCCUCUUCCACCCUCUCCUUUUGACUCGCCCAAGAAGCCAGUCCACAGUGUGGCACCCACUCAACAACGGCCUACUCCAAUCACCUAUCAAACCAGUUCGACCAAGGUCACAUUGGCUCAGCCACAUACUCUUAGUGCCAAUCCCCAAGGCAUUUUACAUGUGGAAGGCCUGACAGGGACACAAGGAACCUGGCCUCAAUCUGAGGUGUCCGGACUACCCCGACCCGCCUUGCCCCCCAAGCCGAAACCCUCGACUCCUCCGAGGCAGCACUCUCCUCAUCCCGACGAAGGGAAACAUGGAGGCAACUCCUCAACGACUGUUGAAGAGGCUAUGUCGGUCCUUCGGUCUUCAAAUGCCUCCAAAAAUGAGUCACAGUUUAGGUACAUGCCAUCUGGGCCUCCUCAGAACGUAUACAGUCUGGUUUCUCGUCCAGAACAAUCUCAAGAACAAGAUGACAAUCAAAAGUCAAGCAAAGAUGUUAAUGCUAACAUGGAAUCUCACCUCAGUAACCCACCAGAUGCCUCCAAAGUGAUACCCAGUGAUGGUGACAAUACCAACAUCGUCAACAACAAUGCAAGCGAUGCUAAUAAUAACACCAACGGGGACCUGAUGGGCUUUGCACCAACUGUCCACAUCAGCAUUAGCCGACGCAUCGAGAUGCCGCCGGAAAAUCUCUUCCCAGAAGAUGGAACGCCACCAUCAGAUCUGAUUGAUCAGAAUGGACUUGAUGUGGUGGAUAAAGCCCUUCUUGUGACUGACCCCUCUGAUUAUCUCCUUGCAAAUGGCGAAAUCACAGUGCGAGACAGAGACCUCAAGUCUGAGGGGUUCCCUGAGGAAUAUUAUAUCGAUGAGGAUGGCAACUUGCAAGUUAGAAAUGAAGAUGCCAAUGAUGAUGUGGAAGUAAUGAAUGAGAAGAACCUGAAAGUUCUAGCAGAGACUGAGAGCAGUGAUUCAGAGGAAGGAGGGGAGAAGAAACAUGUCACCAGCAUCCUCCAGAGAGGCAGGAGAGGCAUUACUGAUCAGGGGAAGGGAAAGAAAUUAUCCAGGAGAGUCAGCUUUGAUCCUUUGGCCCUCAUGCUUGAUGCAUCUCUGGAAGGAGAGUUGGAGUUAGUGAAGAAAUGCGCACAGGAUGUCCCGAAUCCAAGUGCAGCCAACGACGAGGGGAUCACGGCUCUGCACAAUGCAGUCUGUGCUGGUCAUUUUGACAUAGUCAAGUUCCUGGUUGAAUUUGGAUGCGAUGUCAACGCACAAGACAGUGAUGGGUGGACACCGCUCCACUGUGCUGCAUCUUGCAACAACUUGGCAAUGGUCCAGUAUCUUGUGGAGCGAGGAGCUUGUGUUUUUGCCACAACACUGUCUGAUCAAGAAACAGCCGCUCAGAAGUGCGAAGAAGACGAAGACGGAUACGACACGUGCUCGGAAUACCUCUACAGUGUCCAAGAGAAACUUGGCAUUUGGAACAAUGGAGAGGUAUAUGCACUCUACAACUACGAGGCACACAACUCGGAUGAGCUCAGCUUUCAGGAGGGGGAUGUCAUCAUCAUUCUCCGCAAAGGAGAUGAGGUGGAGCGGGAAUGGUGGUGGUCUCGCCUCAGCGAUCAAGAAGGAUACGUUCCACGUAACCUCCUCGGGCUGUAUCCACGGUUGAAACCGAUCGAGGAGAAGAGAGAGUCGUCGUCAUCACCCGAGGACUGAAGCUCUCUGUCCUCAUUCAUUCUGUGAUGUCACCAAGUCCUUUGUUUUGGAACCGAGAAUGCUAUUUUUCUCAUUCUUGCUUCUUCUCUUCUUUUCUUUCCCAUCAUUCAUGACAGUGCCUUUCCAAGUGCCCCUCUCAAGAACUGCUAUUUUUCCACACGCAGUCAUCCGUUGCUCGGUUUCAACCGUCGCUCGGUUCGUCUCCCUGAUUUGCGUGUCACGACGAUUCAGAUCCGUCUCGUGUUGAAGCCUCAGUAUUACUGGGCAGGCUUCAUGCUUCAUCUCAUUUUCCUGAAUUUCAUCAGGUGCCAUAUCAAAUUCUCAAUGAUUCAUUUCAGCAUGAUUAAUUUUCAUCCCUAUGCUUGCUCCAUGAGCAGCAAACAGAAAUGUUCUGCAGUGAGAUGAGAAUAAAGACAUUGUUGAC